AUGGCGAGUUGCUCCUUCGCUGGCCACCAAGCGCUAAGGAGACUCUGAGCCUCAGCAGCCGCUGCAGCAGCAACCUCCGCAGUGGCGACCACCCCGGUUCUUUCCUCGGGAACCCCGACUGCACUCAUUGGGACCGGGUCAUCCUGUCCGGGAGCCAUGUGGCUCUCUACAGCCACGGGCUCCCGGUCGGACUCGGAGUCCGAAGAGGAGGACCUCCCCGUCGGGGAUGAAGUCUGCAAACGCGGCUACCUGCGGAAGCAGAAGCACGGGCAUAGGCGUUACUUCGUGCUCAAACUCGAGACCGCAGACGCUCCGGCUCGGCUCGAAUACUACCGAAAUGCCAGGAAGUUCCGACACAGUGUCCGCGCCGCGGCGGCUGCAGCAGAGGCAGCCGCCUCUGGUGCUGCGGUCCCCGCGCUCAUCCCACCGCGGCGCGUGAUUAUCCUGUACCAAUGCUUCUCCGUGAGCCAGCGCGCCGAUGCCAGGUACCGACACCUCAUUGCCCUUUUUACCCAGGACGAAUACUUCGCGAUGGUGGCCGAGAACGAGUCGGAACAAGAAAGCUGGUACUUGCUCCUCAGCCGCCUCAUCCUCGAGAGCAAGCGCCGCCGCUGCGGCACGCCAGGCGCACUGCCGGACGGAGAUCCGGCAGCCCUGGCGGCCGCAGCGGUGGCGGAGCCACCCUUCUACAAAGAUGUGUGGCAGGUAGUAGUGAAACCCAGGGGGCUGGGGCACAGAAAAGAGCUGAGCGGCGUGUUCCGGCUGUGUCUUACCGACGAAGAGGUAGUGUUUGUCAGGCUCAAUACCGAAGUGGCCAGUGUGGUUGUCCAGCUGCUGAGCAUUCGUCGCUGUGGGCACUCGGAGCAGUACUUCUUCUUGGAAGUCGGCAGAUCCACGGUCAUUGGUCCGGGGGAGCUGUGGAUGCAGGUGGAUGACUCCGUGGUGGCCCAAAAUAUGCAUGAGUUGUUUUUGGAGAAGAUGAGAGCCUUGUGCGCAGACGAAUACAGAGCCCGUUGCCGCAGCUACAGCAUCAGUAUUGGCGCCCACCUGUUAACCCUGCUGUCCACUAGGAGGCACCUGGGCUUCCUCCCGCUGGAUCCCAGCGGCUGGAGCAGAAGAUACCGCUUUGAGCAGUUUUGCCGCCUCAGAGCUCUCGGUGACAGGGAAAAGAUGCUAUUCACCAGGCGCUUCAUCUCACCCAGAGAGCCUCCGCCUCCCUUUAGGCGAGGAAGAGGGCACCUGCCCAGAGCCCGCAGGUCCAGGAGAGCCACAUCAGUACCACCCAGCCUUUUCAGACGCUCAGCACCUAGCCCGGGACGUAUCCCACAGCCUGAAGAUGCCCCCAGCCACAGAGCCCGUGGAGCCACGCGUUCCAGCUCUAGCAACACAGAAGAAAAAGACAAGGAGGGUGAAGAAGGAAACCGAGGUCACUGCAUACCUAUGAACAACUGGGGCUCAGGAAAUGGCCGGGGCUCAGGAGGUGGACGGGGCUCAAGUGGCCAAGGUUCCAGCAGCCAGAGCUCAGGCGGUAGACAGGGAUCUGGAGGUCAGGGUGCCGGAGGAAACCAGUGUUCAGGUAAUAGCCAGGGCAUGGCAGGUGGCCACGGCUCAGGUGGAGGUGGCCAUGGCUCCGGUGGCGGCCAGAGACCCAGAGAUGACCAUGGCUCCGGUGGUGGCAAGAACUCAGGAGGGAGCAAAGGCUCAGGAAGUGGGAAGAAUUCUGAUGAUGGUGACCGUGGAAAAUCUGUGAAGAAAAGAUCCUACUUUGGUAAAUUCACUCAAAACAAGCAGCAGCAAACGCUGCCUCCACCCCCGCCGCCACCGCCGGCAGCUGGAGCAACUGGUGGCAAAGGGAAGACUGGGGGAAGAUUCCGACUUUAUUUUUGCGCAGACAGAGGCACAAAAGAACGCAAAGAAGCCAGAGAGGUGAGAGAUAUGGAGACCCCAGGAGGUGCAACCCGGGGGUCUUACAGAGCCAGAGCUUUCGAUGACGACGAGGAUGACCCGUAUGUGCCAAUGAGGCCAGGGGUGGCUGCUCCUCUUGCGUGUUCCAGUGAUUAUAUGCCAAUGGCUCCUCAAAAUUUCUCAGCUUCAACCAAGCGCCACUCUAGGUCACCCUUUGAAGACUCCAGAGGGUACAUGAUGAUGUUUCCUAGGGUGAGCCCACCACCGCCUGCACCAAGUGCUCCGAAAACACCGGACACUAAUAAAGAGGAUGACUCAAAGGACAAUGACAGUGACAGUGAUUACAUGUUUAUGGCUCCUGGAGCAGGUGCGAUUCCUAAAAAUCCUCCCAAUCCUCAGGGAGGCUCUUCCUCCAAAAGCUGGAGCUCUUACUUCUCUCUACCAAGUCCUUUUCAGAAUUCACCUUUCGGACAGAGCGACCACAGUGAGUAUGUUCCCAUGUUACCUGGAAAAUUCCUGGGGAGCGGUCUAGACAGAGAAGCCUCCUUUAGCCAGGGCACCAAAGAUGGAUCUUCAAAGCCUUCAACUGUGGGGUCGUUCUCAAAACGUGAAGAUAAGGGGACAUCUGCAAAGCCUUCAGACGAUGUGCCCCCAAUGAACAGGGCUAAGGACCCUAACCAACUUUCCUUUUUUGCGAAAGGAAAUCAAAUAAAGCCCAAACCGCUAAACCCCACACGGGAACAGAGAGAAGCUGAUAGCUCCCGUGACUAUAUCAACAUUGACUUUAUUAAGAGAGAGCAUCUUGUCCUAGCUCCCUCUGCUCAAGGACUGCCAGACUUGCGGGGCGUAGUUACUGACCCCGCACCCACAGCUUUUUCUAGCUACCCGAAUGUUGAAUUCGGGGUGCCCUUGCCACAUCCAACAAUCCGCCUCUCAGAUCUUUUAAGAGUUCUACCAAGUGCCAACUCCAUCCCUGUGGCCGGUGCUAGGUGGCCCUUGCAUCUUAUCCCAGGCAGUGCUAUAGGUAGCAUUGUGGAAGCGGGGGAAUACAUUGAAGUAAUUUUCAACCCGGCUAUGUCACCAGCCAUGCCUUUUGCUGACAGUGCCAUUUGCUAUGAUGCUCAAACAGGUCAAAUCUACGUAGUUGACCCAUUUUCUGAGUGCUGUAUGGACGCUUCUCGCUCUUCCCGUCGACGCUCUGAACCGCCACCUGUAGCUAGGCUGCGGCGGGAGGAAGUGCAGGAGAGAAGACGCCCACAAAGCGGCUCCCAAAGUGUAUUUGCCAACACUCGUGGGGCUGUCUCGGCUUUCCCGACUGACAGCUUGGACAGAGACUUUCCGGCAGCUUCUGCCGUGAUUACUGCUCCAGCUGAUACGCCUCUCUUGGCAGUGAGCCGGGCUUUAGCCGUGGUCUCUGCGCUCGCAGCGGCCCCCAGCCUUGGCGACGUCUUUGGCGGCUUCCACGCAGCGGCAGGAGUUGACUCCGCCUCCGCUCGCGGGUUCCAACCUGUUGCUAGUGCUCGUGGUGCCCAGGCUGUAAGAGGGGUCCAGGACCUUGCGGCAGGCUGGAAUCCUGGAGCCCUUAACCAAGCUGCCAGAGGUGAGGACCUGGCGGCCGGUGCAGCCGCGCCCCCACCGCCACCUCGCCAGAUUUGGGUGCUGAGACCCCAAGAGAGAGCGGAUUCUGAGGACGACGAUGAGGACGACAUUUACGUGAGAAUGGACUUCGCCAGACGUGACUACAGGAACUGACCACUCUCCGAAAUGAGAGUUAUUACACUGCCACCAAAACCAAACACAUUUUAGAAGAAAAGUGACACAGAAUUUCAUCUUCGUCUACAUCUACUCCAGAUCUACCUAAAAGAAAGAAAAUUCUGAGGCUUCUGAACAGAAACCAGCCUCGAUUUCUACUAGUCAACGAUCAGACUGUGGUAGCUGAAUGCGCCUGCUAAUGGAUUUUAUUCUCAGUACUGCCUCCUGCAUCCAUUGAUUACUUAAAUAUGUGCACACUGUACAUUGGCUUUGCUUCCCAGGUUCCCUGAUAUAUCUGUUUGAAAGGAAUGAGAUGCUAUAAGUUAGUGUCUCAUAACACUUCCCUUUUCCUCUCUAUAAAAUGUGUAAAUAUAACCAGCAUAUAAUACUUGGGAGAAUUAUCAAUGAGAAUUUCUUUAAACAAUGGCAGACAAAGAGACAUAUAUGUAAAUGAGAAGGUAGGUAUGAUCUGGAGAAUCUUUUUUUCUGAACAAUACAUACUUAAGACAUUUCUUGAUCAAGGAAUUAAUGUGAACUGAACUUCUAUCUUGACAGGACAUUUUCAGUAUUUUAAAGACAUGACUAAAGGGCAAAUUAUCUUUUAGAUUUUGCUCAUUAACAAGACUACAGCAUUCUAUCGACACUAAUCAUCAACUAAAGUGAUACCUUGACAGAGUACUUCUGGCAUUUUAAAGGCAGAACCAAGGAGCAGGUUGUCUACUUCUUUGUGUAGAACCUGGUGAUGUUCUGCUAUUGAAUUGAGCAUAUCCAAACCUAUUGUUUUGAUUUUAUUCCUCCCUGUAAAGAGGCAAGUAUCCAUUUCACAAGACCCUCUCUGGGGGCUCCUCCUUCCAACUCUUUAAACUGCCUCUUCCUCUUUCUGGCUUUCCUUCCAAGUAACCAUUCUCCCACAUAUGUCCAGGAUCCCUAUUCAGAAAUUGGUGUAUACCUAUCAAAUUAAUCAUCUAAUCAACUGAUGCCUAAAACUCAAGCCAAAAGGAACCUCUUAUAAGGCCUUGUUUCCUUCUGGACAAUGGAGCCAAUAUAAGAUGUAGAAAAUUUAAAAGAAAAAAUUCAGAGCAAGCCCUGCCCCCA